GUAUAUUCCUGUGUCUCAGUCAGUCCGCUCCGCGGCGUCCGUUUCGUUGACGGUGUAUUGCGCUUCCUCACUCACUUAUUGCAAGUAUCCGACCUCUGGAUCCGACCGUUUUGUGACAUUCGACAACCCCGCCCCGUGCUUUUUCCCGAGUGGCAUUUCGAUUAGUGCGAAGAGUGCAUUUACUGUGCACGAUCAGCGACCGAAUCGGCGACUCCUCCCGCCUUUAUUUAUGUUGUCGUUGUGGUGUGGUGAAUAUUUGUGCUGUACGGACGAUAACCGGAUUAUCUGUGCGCUCGAGUUUGUGGAUAUUAUAAACGAUCUGCGGCUUUUCCGCGAAGAUUGACGGACGUGUGGCACGUGUGCCGGCGCCACGGAUGCGUCGCGGGCGGCGGCGUGCAAUGAGCUGCUAGAGGAAGCGAUGGUGGGCGUGGGCGUGGCGGAGGGGGGCGGGGGUGCGGGCGGCGCUCCCGACGGCGGCUACUACGGCGAGUACUACCCGCCUGAACCUUACUAUGUCCCGCCGGAGAUGUGUCCGCACCCGCAACAGCAUCCGCAGCAUACGCACAUGUGCACCAUGCACGCUGAUUAUAGUGGCAUGCCGGUGGUGACCUCAGCUGCUAUGAUGCCGCAACUGAUGCCACCAGUCCUCGAUGAAGGGAUGCGACACUACUUGGUGGCGCACCCGCACGCGCAACACCCUCACCACGGCCAUCACCAGCCUCACCACCAGCCAGCCCACCAUCAACCACCGCCUCACCACCAGCCACCACACCCAUAUGGUCCAGCGAAUGGUGCAGGCGGCCCUCAACAUUUCUACGGGCCAGGUUACACAGCUCAUUUCCACCAUGUGCCACCUCACCACAUGCAGCAUUCACCACCUCCCCCUAUUUACCCAAAAGAUGAAAGAACUCAACGCCAAUACACAAAGUUAAAACAAAAAUUAGAGAGGAAGCAGAAUAGUAGGAAUAAUGGGACAGAAAUAAGCUCUGGGGCGAGCACACCAUCGCUGUCUCCUCGCAAAGAACUGAAUGGUCGCGGUGGUGGAAGUGGUGGUGCAUCAUCGGGAACAUGGUCAGAAGGGGAAGGAUCCUCGGCGGGUGCUUCGGUGCAAGGAGAUGAUGAAAAUGAUACCCAAGCAUUACUUGAUCUAUUGUCUGCCACAAGAACCCCACAAGUCAGUGACAUGACACCUACAAGUGCUCUUGUACAAUGGAACUCGCCGAUUCCCGAAGGAGUCACAUUACCAAAUGUGGAGCUAACAUAUGAUUUACUGCUGGGUGAUCGGGGACGUUACAAAGCUAUAUACAGUGGACCCUCAUUGUCAUGCAGGGUAAGGGAUCUUAGGCCAGGAUGUGAAUACUCAGUGUGCCUGCAAAUUCGUGCAGGGGAGCUGAUAGGUGCAGCGAGCGAAGCGGCGACGUUCCGCGCUCCCCCCGCGCCCCCCGACCGCCUGCCCCCCGCGCGCGUCACGCAGCGCCAGCGGACGUCGCUCCUGCUACGCUGGCCGUCUAUUGCUGAUAAUGGCGCACGCAUCACCCACUAUAUACUCGAAAUGGACUCAGGGGAAGGAUUCGUCGAGUUGACCAGGCCGCGCACGCGACAGCACACCGUUAACAAUCUCCGGCCCCAGACGCGAUACCGCUUCCGCAUCGCCGCAGUCAAUGAAUGUGGACGUGGAGAGUGGAGCGAAGACACUGUGGUGUGGACUGCAGGCUCCCCACCGCCCGCGCCGGCCCCUCCCACGCUCGCCGACUCCACCUCCACCUCUCUCAAACUUAGUUGGGACCGUCGCUCCGAUGAAGAAUUCACCCUUCAGAUGGACGACGCCGCGCGUGGUCACGGUUUCCUUCCUGUGUACAGUGGCCCAGAUUGCACUUACCUUUGUGAGGGUCUCCGCAAAGCCACUGAUUAUCGAUUUCGUCUCCGCUGCGAGACCACCGACGGUCAGGGCCCGUGGUCAAUAGAGGUGACCUAUCGAACGCUGCCAGAGAAACCCGGCCCUCCCGGACGACCUACCGUUCGUGGAAAGGUACACUCUCGUGCUAUUCGUCUUAAAUGGGAACCGCCUAGUGAUGAUGGAGGAUCUAGCAUAGAAUCUUACACGCUGGAGUUGGACAGCGGAGAGGGGUACAGGUGCGCCUACCAAGGCCCCGAGAGAGAAGCGCAUUGUGAUAGACUGUUACCGGGAACGUCGUACCGCGCCAGAGUGCGUUGCGUUAAUGUGGCAGGAGAGAGUGACUGGUCGGUCACUGAAACUGUUUCAACGGAAGCGACUACACCGGGAGCGAGUAACGCACCAGAAUUGGUCGCUGAACCGCGUGCCACUCUCGCCUCAAUUAGUUGGCGACCCCCAGAGUGCACGGGGGGCGCUCCCAUCAUUGAAUACCGCGUCGAACUCGCGGGAGACGAUGGCGUGGUGCGGCUCGCACACACCGGGCCGCAGUGCGACUGCACGGUGCGGGAGUUAAUUCCAGGAUGCCAAUAUAGACUGUGGGUGACGGCGUGCAAUAUGGUCGGCGCGGGGCCGCCUUCUGCGGCGCUACGCUUUGCGACUAGGGCCGCGCCCCCAGACGCGCCUGAGCCGCCCUCCGCCACUAUAGAGAGCGCUAGGUCCGUCCGCCUCGAAUGGAAUUCCCCCGCCUCUAACGGGGCUCCCAUCAUCGACUAUCACGUCGAAAUAAGCGGGAUCAACGUUGACGACUCGUACGCCCACGUUUAUCACGGAACCGAGACGACCUGCAUAGUCGAAAAAUUGACACCGUUUACGCCGUAUUUCUUCAGAGUAUGCGCCACCAAUUCCGCCGGUCGCGGCCCGUGGUCCACCAUCAGAGACGUCCUGAUGCCGCGUGCUCCUCCAGCCCCUCCCACCGGCCUCCGUCACGAAUCGACCGCCGACUCCUUGCAUCUAUUCUGGCGAAUCCCGGCCUCGCACGGCGCGGAAGUGCUGUCCUAUCGCGUGAAAGUCGGAGAAGAGGCGUUCGACACGGAGGGGCCCACGCCCGAGCAGCUCGUCGAGGGGCUCGAGCCGGAUACCGUGUACGGCGUGCGCGUCGCGGCGCUCAACGAGCUGGGGCUGGGCGAGUGGUCGGAGGAGGCGCGCGCGGCCACGCGGCCGCGGCCGCCCGCGCCGCCGCGGCUGCGCUGCGCACAGGCCGCGCACAACUACCUGCGCCUCGAGUGGACCGUCUCGGGAUCGAUGUGCGACGACAGAGAAUUAGGACGUCUCGCUUAG